UCACAACAUAAGUCAUGUGACACGCGCGAAAUGCGCAGGCGCAUUGGGGACUGAUAGAUUGAUUUACUGUCCCUUAGUUUCUAAAGCGUAAUUGUUGGAACAUGACUGAAUUAUUAGCUUUUUUCACGGUAACGGUCACGCUGCUAUCUGCCGAGGCGCUUCACGGCCUGCCACGCAGUCAUUUUCAGCCAAGAAAUCACCAUGGAACAAAGACAGAACCUCAGUUCACAGAGAAGUAUUUCAGUCAGACUCUGGAUCACUUCAACUUUAACAGCAUGGGUAAUGGGACAUUCAGUCAGCGUUACCUGAUCACAGAUAAGUACUGGAAGAAAGGCUAUGGUCCUAUCUUCUUCUACACAGGCAAUGAGGGAGACAUCUGGGAAUUUGCCCUCAACUCUGGAUUUAUCACAGAGUUGGCUUCUCAGCAGGGGGCACUAGUCAUAUUUGCUGAACAUAGGUACUAUGGCAGAUCUCUACCAUUCGGCAAAGACUCCUUCAACAUCCCCCAGAUCAGCCUGUUGACAGUGGAGCAGGCCCUCGCUGACUAUAGUGUCAUGAUCACCGAGCUGAAACAGCAGUUGGCAGCCAGAGACUGUCCUGUUAUCGUGUUUGGUGGCAGUUAUGGUGGAAUGCUGUCAGUCUAUAUGAGACUCAAGUAUCCAAACAUUGUGGCUGGAGCUCUGGCUGCCAGUGCUCCCAUACUUUCCACUGCUGGGCUGGGUGAUUCCAGGCAGUUUUUCAGAGAUGUUACAGCUGAUUUUGAGAGCAUUGCCCCUGAAUGCAGAGAUGCUGUGAGAGGAGCUUUCCAUCAGCUGAAAGAAUUAGCUGAACAGCAAGAUUACAGUCGAAUCCAGACAGAGUUUACUCUGUGUAAACCUCCAUCAUCUGCUCAGGACAUCCACCAGCUGUACGGCCUGCUGAGGAACGCCUUCACUAUGAUGGCCAUGCUGGAUUACCCAUACAGCACUCACUUCAUGGGCAACAUGCCCGCCAACCCUGUCAAGGUGGCUUGUGAAACAAUGCUGAGUGGAUCUGACCUACUUGCUAAUCUCAGGAACACUGCAGGGAUUGUGUACAACGCUACUGGGUGGCUGACCUGUUUCGAUCUGUACAAUCUGUAUUUGGAGUGUGCUGAUCCCACUGGAUGUGGACUGGGCUUCGACAGUCUUUCCUGGGACUACCAGGCAUGCACAGAGAUCAAUCUAUGCUUUGAGAGUAACAAUGUGACCGACAUGUUUCCCCCCUUGGCCUUCACUGAGAGAGACCGAGAGCUUUAUUGCUUCAAACGCUGGGGUGUGGUUCCACGACCAGACUGGCUCAAAACCCAGUUCUGGGGUGAUGCCCUCUCCACAGCCAGCAACAUUAUUUUCUCCAAUGGAGAUCUGGACCCAUGGGCAAAUGGAGGGGUGCGCAAGUCGUUGAGCUCAUCACUGAUAGCUGUCAACAUUCCUGAAGGAGCCCAUCAUCUUGACCUGAGGGGAUCUCACGAUGCUGAUCCAGUGUCGGUAAUCACUGCCAGGAAAACAGAAGCAGACUUCAUUGCACAGUGGGUGAAGAUGGAGAGGACCAGAUUAUAACUGUCACUUUAAACCAGCUAUUUCUAACACGACUGUAGCAGAAUUCAGGUUCACUUCAAACCUACAUCCAGAGUACAGAAAAUACUGGAUUCAACAAGUCCACCUCUGGCUCAUAAUUCUAUUCUGCAUGCUAACUUGUUGGUGUAGAAUAUGUAGUGCGUUUACCCUGGAUUGAUUGAGCUUAAUGUCAGUAUGUAUAAUGAAUUUGCACGAUUUCUGAGUGUGCUGCCAGUGGACAGUAUGGUCUCAGUACACAACACACAACAGGAAUGUAGGAGCUGCUCACAGCUGAGGAAAACUAAAACUCAUUGGCAGUGGUGAGGCAGCUGCGGGAAAGUACAAAAAUAUUAAGUGACAUUUUGCUUGCUCUUCAUCAGGUUUCCAAAAUCUACAUUAACAAUAGCAUUACAAAUUUACAGUUUGGCCGAUGUGUUCAACUUGUUUUGUCCGAUCAACAGUCAAAAACCCAAAGAUAUUCACAUUACAAUCGUGGAAGGCUAAGAAAUCCAGUGUCUAUUCUCAGCUGAGAAGCUGGAGCCAGCAAUUCUCAAGUCAAAACUGUUGCCACUUAACUUUUUUGAAUGGUUACUCAAUUGAUUUUCAACUCUAUGGUGUAUACUUUUUAGUAAUAGUAUGAUGUGAAUUUAAGGCAAAUCCAAGUCAAAAGGGAUGCAAGACCAUGUCACAGUAUCGGAAUAAUCGACAUGUAGAAACACACAAAAAGCAGGGAGGGAACCAGAAUCCACCAACACCUCCAUACUCAGCCUUGAGUGGGAAGAUCCAAGGAGGAGUAAAAGGGAACCAGUGGUGCCACUGAUCUGUGUUCUGUGAGUUUCUAUCCUUGAACAUUUGAACACCCCCAAAAAAAUACUAUAAAGUGUGAACUAGAUGUACCAUGGUGACUAGAUCACUGCUUUGUUUCAUGAGUCAAUGAUCGCUUUAAAUGUUUUGUUUUUGUGCAAUAAAAUCUUUUAAUUUCCA